ACGAUCUUGCUUUUAGUCAUCAUGGAACUGUUGUGUGUGUGUGCGCCUUAUAAGCGCUACAGUCAAUUUUGAUUGCAUUUCUUAUUUCGGCAAGAAGACAACGCAUCCGCAGACAUCGAAUGUUAGCCAUCCUACUAUAUGAGUUUUAUUAGUCUGACUCUCUCAAGGUCAACAUGAAGAUUGAAGACAACAGGGAAGGUGCCAUUGUGAUAGUUCAAAACGAAAAAAUCCAGCUUUUUCCGGUGACGUGUUGAGAAUUGGAGAAACAUGGUUAAGUUUCAAAGCUUGAUAUUUAUAAAGAUCAUUUUGACACUUCUAAACAUCCAGCGCUCUAUUGCAUGUGGUAGAGCAGAGUACAGAACAGGUGAUGAAUGCUGUCCUAUGUGUUCUCCAGGAAACCGGGUACAUAAACACUGUACAGAAUUUACAAGUACUUCCUGUGUCCCCUGUACCGACUCCACUUUCCUUGAUGAACCCAAUGGUCUUACGGCAUGCAUACCGUGUACAAACUGUGACCCUGGAUUUGGUUUGAAGGUAAUGCAGCCAUGUACACCUUCAUCAGACACUGUCUGUGGGACACUGGAGGGGUUCUACUGUCUAGACCCAACUAAGGAUGGUUGUAGAGCAGCCCAGAGACACAGCAGCUGUAAACCUGGUCAAUACAUCAGCCACACAGGAACAACAUCUACAGAUACUGUGUGUUCUGACUGUACUGGUGAUACCUAUUCAGAUGGAUCAUUUACAUCCUGCCAGACAUACACACAAUGUGAUACCUUGAAGCGUCAGCAAAUUAAACCUGGAACUCAUUGGUCCGACUCUGAAUGUGGACCACAGACCUCCCUUUCCAUGACUGUAAUAAUACCUGCUGUAGUGGGGUUGGUGGUACUAGCUGUGAUAUCAGCAGUGACGGCAGUAGCUAUUAGAAGAAAAAUAAAAGCUCCUGUAUCUGAGAGGACCUUUCCAGAGAUACAAAGCCCUACACAGGUAUCAGACACAGAGGGAACAUCAAUGCUGUUUGUGGGAACAAGAACAGAUUCAAGCCUCCAGGACAGUCAUCAGGACAUUCAUCAAAACAAUCCAGUCUAAUAUGUGGUUCAUUGGCUUGAAAACUAGACUAGGCAUUAGGGCACCAUUUCUGUCCACUACAUAGUAAAUGUGAUCUAGACUCCAUUUUUAAAUAAAUGUUGGAGGUUGGCACAUUUGUUUUGUGGUGUACAGAUUAAAAAGCCCAUGACCUCGAUAGACAACCUGAAACCCUAAAACGUAACUUUUUAUUUAAUUUUUUAUCUUCCAAUACUGUGGACGAAGAUGGAAACUUUACAAGCCAGGUCUGUUCUGUCCAGGAAAGGUCAGGUAUGUCCAUAUUUUCAAUGGUCAGUCCAAGUCAGUUGAAGAACUAAAACACAAAGGAGAUUUUGUAAGACACUGCACCUGGUCUUUGGAUGGUGGUGCACCAGCCAUCAGUGCUCAGCCUAUUGUUGCUGUAAGUGUAUUGCUGGUGACUGAUCUAAUGUCCCCUCUUGGGAUUAAUAAAAUUGCAAUAAAAUUAA